UGUUCUAUGUUGGGAGAUUGCUUGGGGAGUUUAAAGGAAGAUCGAUCUUAAUUACUGGUAAAGGUCAGAAAAAGUACUAAGCGGGUUUUCCGGUGCAAGGACGAACAAGGAAAAGCUGAUGCUUUGCCACGUGUGAUCAAUAAGAACCGUCGGAUAAAGAGAAAGUCGCAGCAGAGAGAGAAGCUGGAAGCAGUGAGUGAGAGUAAUUGAUGAGAGAGAGAGGAAGAAAGUAGGUUUGUCUUAAAUGAGGCGAGUGUAGCAGAGAGUGUAGCAGAGUGUGGGUGCAGUUACCAUGGCGGCGUUGCAGAAGUCUAAUUCCGUGCCAUUAUUGCUUUAAACAACGAAAAAUAAGUGGAGAAAGCUGGCUCUCUCCCAGUCAGGGAAACCCAUCUUCCAUAGUCUCUUACCCUAAACAAAAUUCUUUCAAUUUCAAUUUGAGUUAUUUUUUUUUUCUCUAUUUGCCUCAAAAAGCUGCAAAAGAAACCCAAACAGCAAGAUCAGAUAUUCAGAGAGUCAGAAUCAGAAGAAAGAGAAGGAGAAGAAGAAGAAGAUCAGGUCACAGACUCACAGUAAACACUCACUUAAAGUCUAUCUUAAAAACACAGCCACCGAUUUUCAACUCCCAACAUAAUAACCCAGAAAUCAAAGCCCACUGAUCUUGCAGAUCUCAAUAGCUACUUCUUGGUGCUACGUUUUUGCUAUGGAUUUUUGGUCUGAAUUGGGGUUGGUUUCAGCUUGUGGGUGCAAGAAAUGGCUGGCUGGUUCUAUCUAAGUGGGAGAGAGGGAGCAUCAAAUAAACAAGAAGAAGAGAAAGAUCAACCUAACAACCUGUUUUUAUACAGAUCAAACGAGGAGAUCUACAACAAGGGAUUUGAGAUAUGGCCGCAGUAUUAUCAGCAACAGCAAAACAUGAACAGCUACUCCUCGUUUGGAGUGGGUCCUAGUCGGAGAAGUUUCUCUGAUGAAUCUUCAAGAUCAGGCUUUACGGUGAUGAGGCAAGGUGGAAUAGGAGGAGGAGGAGGAGGAGGAAUGAACUGUCAAGACUGUGGGAACCAAGCGAAAAAAGAUUGUACCCAUUUGCGAUGUAGAACUUGUUGUAAAAGCCGAGGGUUUCAGUGCCAAACCCACGUCAAGAGCACUUGGGUUCCUGCUGCUAAAAGGCGAGAGAGGCAACAACAGCUAACUGCUUUACAACAAGAACAGCAACAGCAGCAACAACUACACAAUCAAGAACAACAACAACAUUUUCGAGGAGAGAAUCCAAAAAGGCAGAGAGAGAAUCAAGGUGGUGCUUCCUCUCUUGCCUGCACUCGUUUAGCCACAACCACCUCAGACAAAUUAGGGUUGGAAGUAGCGCAUUUUCCACCGGAAGUGAAUUCCCCAGCAGUGUUUCGUUGCGUUAGAGUAAGCGCAAUGGAUGAACGGGAUGAGCAGUAUGCAUAUCAAACGGCUGUCAAUAUCGGAGGUCAUGUUUUCAGGGGAAUUCUCUACGAUCAAGGUCCCGAUGGCCGUUACACCAGUGGAGAGAGCUCCCCCGGAGGAGCCCAGCAACUGAAUCUCGUAACAGCAGCCACAACUAGCACCACAGCAACUACGACAAUCGCUAGCAAUCCAGGUGCGGGAGGCUUGCUCGACCCAUCUCUAUAUCCAGCUCCACUCAAUGCUUUUAUAGCUGGUACGCAAUUCUUCCCACCCCCAAGGUCCUAGUUAAAGUAGGUCUCUCUGAGCUCUAGUGUAUUUGCAUUUUUCUUAUCAAACCGUUCAUUUGUCAACAAUUAAUCUAUAAGUGGUGGGUUUUAUAUCUACUGUUUUUGUGGGUUAUUCUUGUAGUUUUUUUUUUCUUUUUAACAUGCACCCAACGAAGUAGAUGAAGAUCGAUCUAGCAUAGGAAUUAUAGAAAUGUGAGUGUUGGAUUUUGUUUCGAAUUUCAAUUCAGAUUUUCAUGGUUUAUAUA